UGCAUCUGACUGCGCUUAGAUGUAAUCGAUCGUGCUCAAAUAAUAUUUCUAGAGGUUUAUUUUGAAAGCCAGUCUUACAUUUUCAUUUUUUUUUGUUUUCAAAUUAAACUGGACCGAUGUGCUAAAACACGAGCGGUAGAUGACUACGAAUACAAGCCCACAAUGGUCUUGUAAAAGUUUGCAUCUAGGUGCUCGGCGCUCGACUGCGGUGCCUGGCGAGCGGGAACGAGAAGUCUAGAAGAGGAGCCCGAGCUGGAGCUCGCUGUAUGCUGUCGCUACCAGAGUGAAGAAGCGGCGGAGAUAUGGAGUGGGCUCAGAAUGUGUUGAUGUCCCCAGUGGUGCGGGACGCAGAGGUCACCAGGGCAGCACGCAGAAAAAGCUCCCACAAAAAGGUUGCGUUCCCCUCUCCACGGAAUGACUCUCCUGGAGCUGCCAUCACUCCGGAACGGCCCUUGAUACGCCACACUCCUGGAUCACUCUUUAAGCAGACAUUCACCCCAAGGAGCGCAGUACGGAAUCCAGAUGUGUCAGCCAUUUUGGGGACUGGGAGCAGGUCACCUCGCUUUGUGCAUACUCCCCGCCUUCUGGGCAGCACCAGUAUGAACCUAGAUGAAAGCAACUGGACCAGCAGCUUCUAUCCAUCCCCCAUUUCAGGCUUGGGCGAAGCUUCAUUCACAGAUGACAUCAACAUGAGCGCUGUCAUGAUGAAAGAGGAAGACCCAGGAGAGGCUGCUUCUGUCAGCCUCUUCCCAGAAUUCUUGCACUCCUACCUCAGACACUCUUCGAGUGCCAUCUUUGAUCUGCUGGAGGAGUAUGAGACCGUAUGUCAAGACAAGGUGGGCACACUACAGAGGAUUGUUCUCAGGGCUACGCCUGGGCAACAGAAGUUCUCUAAGACGGCCAGUGUGAGGUGGCUGUUGCAACAGGAGAUGGUGACUUGGCGUCUUAUUACUUCUCUGUACAGGGAUCGUAUCCAAUCUGCUCUGGAAGAUGAUAUGAUGGAUGUAACUGUACCCAGUGAGAGUGAGAAACUGGUGAUGGAGCAGCUGUUCCACAGAGAUUCCCUAGUGCGUCAGAGUCAGCUUGUUGUGGACUGGUUGGAGAGCAUUUCAAAGGAUGAAAUAGGGGAUUUCUCUGACAACAUAGAGUUCUAUGCUAAAUCAGUUUACUGGGAGAACACAUUACACACCCUGAAACAAAGGAGAGUCACAACCCACACGGCUUUCAAUCGGCCCCUGGUCACUGAGCUGGACCCUGAUGCACCUAUUCGUCAGAAGCGUCCUCUGGCUGACCUGGAUCAGGAAGAUGAUGCUCGACUGCUCAAGUACCUUUUCACCCUCGUGCGGGCAGGCAUGACAGAUGAGGCACAGCGGCUGUGCAAGCGCUGUGGACAGGCUUGGAGGGCGGCCACACUGGAAGGUUGGAAACUGUAUCAUGACCCCAACAUAAAUGGAGGGGGUGCAGAGCUGCAGCCCGUUGAGGGAAACCCUCAGCGUUGUGUGUGGAAGGUGUGUUGCUGGAGGAUGGCAGAAGAGGAGCAGUUCAACAGAUAUGAGCGGGCCAUUUACGCUACACUCAGUGGGAACCUGAAACAGCUGCUGCCAGUGUGUGAGACAUGGGAGGACACUGUGUGGGCCUACUUCCGUGUGCUGGUGGACACCCUGGUGGAGCAGGAGUUGCGCUCCUCUGGCAUGGCCAGCGAAGAGCUGGAGGAGUUACCCCGGGAGUACCUUGAGGCAAACUGGACACUAGAGAAGGUGUUUGAGGAGCUACAGGCCACUGAAUCAAAGAGAGUGCUGGCAGAGACCAGGGAGCAUUACCAUGUAAUACAGAAGUUUGUCAUCCUAGGAGACCUGGAUGGCCUACUCGAUGAGUUCAGUGAUUGGCUGAGUUCUGGUGUGCCCCUGCCCUCCCAUCUGCUGCGCUUCAUGACUCACCUGCUCUUGUUUUACCGCAGCCUGGGCAUGCAGCUCAAGGAGGAGGUUACUGUAGAUGUUUUGAAGGCUUACCUCCAGCUGCUGAUCAGUGAGAAGCACACAGACCUCAUCGCUUUCUAUGUCAGCCACCUGCCUCAAGAUAUGGCAGUGUCCCAGUAUGCACACUUCCUUGAAUCUGUGACUGAGACGGAGCAGCGCAAGCAUUGUCUGGAGCUUGCCCGGGAAGCAGGGCUGGAUGUGGCUGCGGUCACCAAGACAGUUGUUGAAAACAUCCGUGAAAGAGAUGUGGAGGACUUUGCGCAUCAUGACCUCACCCCUGCUUUGGACACUGGUACCUCUGAGGAGGACCAGAGGAAAGUAGAUGUGAUCGACUGGCUAGUGUUUGACCCAUCACAACGUGCCGAAGCCCUAAAGCAGAGUAAUGCCAUUAUGAGGAGGUUUCUGGCCUCCAAGAAGCACGAUGCAGCCAAAGAGGUGUUUGCCAGGGUGCCUGAAGAUUCCAUGCGGGAGAUCUACAGGCAGUGGGAGGAACAGGGCGCAGACACACCUCUGCCAGCUGAGGAUGAGAAUGCCAUCCGAGAGCACCUCUGUAUCCGUGCCUACCUGGAGGCCCAUGAAGCCUUCAAUGAGUGGUUCAAGAACAUGAACUCACCCCCACAGAAGCCCACCCUCUCAUCCCAGGCUAAGUUCACAGAGAAGGUAGCCCAUGAGCUGAAGGAGAAGGAAUACAAGAUAGAGUAUGAUAACUGGAAGAGCCGGCUGGAGGCUCUGACAGACGAUGUUAAGGAGAGGAUCUACAAUGUACUGCUGUUUGUGGAUGGGGGCUGGAUGGUGGAUGUCAGGGAGGAUGGCGAGGAGGACCCUGAGCGCACCCACCAGAUGGCAAUGCUGCGCCGUCUUUGCCUUCCCAUGAUGUGCUUCCUACUGCACACUGUAUUACACAGCACUGAGCAGUACCAGGAGAGCUUACAGCUGGCUGACAUUGUUGCCUCUGACCAGCACCGCCUCUACCAGGUUUUCUCUAAAGAAGAACUGCGCAAGUUCCUGAUGAAGUUGAGGGAGUCAUCCCUGCUCUUGCUGGACCAGGGCCUGGACCCCCUAGGCUAUGAGAUUCAACAAUAGAUUGUUCUGUGCAAUAGCUCAAUGCUUACUUUUCUCUUAACAUUGUUCAUAUUUGCAUCCAGUCAAGAAAAUAGAGCUUACAGAUUUUCUGUACCCAAUAAAUGAUU